AUGAGUCUUUCCGAGUUUCGAAACGGCCAGGAACAGUCGAGAACAUGGCACCACAUCGCGCAUUGUCUAGACGCGUUGAGACGACAGAUUAUCUGUGAUGCGGAUGAUACUCCCAGAGCUACGGAAAGAAGGGUCGAGGUUGUUAGUGGGGUCGGCCAGAAUAGAGUGUGUAGGGAUUGGGGAGAGCUAGAAAGUUGGGCGAAAGCUCAUACGGCUUGUUACAAGCGUCCCGACAGGCCGGAGGAUGAGACUGGUUUGAAGAGGUUUAUGCAUUGUCCAGAUGGGAUUGGGUAUGUGGUCGAUGAGGGAUAUGUACCUGAAGAAGAGAUUUUGGUCGGCUUGCCGGAAGAGUCGAUCGCAACAGGAAUAAGCAAGAAGGUAUAG